AUGGACGUAUUUGAGUAUCUCUUUGAAUUGAAGCAAAACAAAGUUUACACACACAAACAGUACAAGUUCAUUGACAGAAUAGUUCUUUACACAAACAAUGGAAAAUGUUAUAGAAUAGCAGUCUUUGCUGAACCAAAAUAUUUUCAUAAAGCAAAGAAAGUUGGUAUAACCGAGAUGGUGAAAGUUCUUGACGUUGACAAAAAUAUAGCAACAAAACUGACCGAUAUUUCUAAAGGUAAGUUUAUAAUACAAUAUUAUAUCAAAACUGGCGUACUGUCAAUAUUUGACGGAGAGAAGUCAGUUCAAGAACAACUUACUGACCUGCUGCCAAAAAUCUGCUCGAUGGAAGCUGUCGUUAUGCCAAUCUGA